CUUAUUUAAAAAAUUAUUCUGAUUUCUGUUUGAGAAGUAUUAUUAUUAAACUUUAAAGUAGUUUUUCAAAUUUUAUGUGACAAUUAUAUAGUCCAGUAUUUAGUUAGUUUUUGCAUAGUUUAACAUAUUUUAAUUUCAAUUUAUUCUAUGAAAUAAAGCUUAUAUAAAAAAAUGAAUAGAAUUUUGAGAUUAGUUUUUAAACGUACUUCUAUUCCAAAAAUCUCUGUACAAAGUACUCGUGUCAUUUCAAACUGCAGUAAACACUCUAUUAUUUGUGGUCAAAUCCGUCCAAUUUUAUCGAUAAAACAUGACAUUAGUUUUGCAAAACGAUAUAAACGUACGAAAAAGACCGACAACGAAGAUUCAGAUGAUGAAGAUUUAGAAAUGGACGAUUCCAGUCAGUUGGUUAAAUAUAAAACGAGCUCUUUACGAAUGGACAGUGUUCUCAAGCAUGCAUUAGGUAGAUCGAGAAAUAAAAUUGAAACAGCCUUUUAUGAAAGUCGUAUCCGAGUAAACGGAGAAAAAGUAUUGAAAAAAAGUCAUACGUUGGAAAUAGGUGACGAAGUGGACUUGAUCAAAGGACCUAGCCCAAACAAUCCAGACUUUCUGUUGGUGUCUAGAAUAGAAAUACUAUCAGCUAAUUUAGAUGGUGAUGAAUUAUUAGUUAAGUUAAGAAGAUUCAAAACACUGCUAAUUAAUAACUAUUCAGACAAAUGGAAACUACCACAGUAACACAUUUAUUGUUUACAAGACAGUUGUUUGAUAAAUCUCGAGAGAACUGGUGUUGUAAUAGAAAAGAUGUUGGAAUAUUUGUUUUGUAUUGUAAUAAUAGUAGAAAAAAAUAUAAACUACAAUUAAUAGUUUUAAUUUUAUAUUAAAAAGUAAUCAACCAU